CUUUAGUUUAAUACAGUCUGUCUUCUUUUGGCCUUCUCUUUGGGCCUAUCUUACCCACGUCCCGGAAGUUUAAAUCGAUGUCGAACUUUAACAAUCUUGAGUAACAUGUUUCCGUCUGUGCAGCGUGCUACACCGCACCGUGCACGUACUGAGUCAACUGGUUCCUCUGGUAGGGGGUAAUUGUGCCAGUAAGUAACGUUGUGAAUUUGAAGUUCAUCAAUACUGACGUUUGGCGAGACUAUUUGAUGAUAUCUGAGGAAAAGACGGGACAAUGGAGGAGGAAAACCGGAAAAUGAUGCAUCAGUUGGAGAUCCAUCGUGAAGUUUUAUGCAACCAGGUCAAUGCACGACGACUUCUUGAUAGGAUGCGAAGUCGUCGUAUCUUCACAAAAGAUGAAUGUGAAGAAAUUUUGAAUGAGAUGGUGAAUCCAAGCUCCACAACAAAAGCAGGGUGUUUUCUGGACAACCUUCAAAGGAAAGGCCAAAGUGGCUACAAUGUCUUCUUGGAAUGCCUUGGAGAGAUGCAUCCUGAUUUGUAUGAGUUAUUAACUGGGCAUCAACCUGUAGCUCCAGUCAAUCCAAGCAGCAGUGUAUGUAGUUACGUCUACAAAUUUCCUAACAAGGUUGGUGAUGUGAUUGGAGAUCUGACACAAGAAGCUGAAGAACUUCACAGAAACCUCUACUUCUGCAAUCAGCUAAGAAUUGAUCAAGAACGAAAAAUUAAGAGUUUGAAUGAAGCUCUAGAGAUUGCCAGUAAGAAGGCAGGACAGUUUGACAAGCUGAAAAAUGCAAAAAGAAGAGCAGAGAAUAAAGUGAGUGUUUUGGAGGAUGACAUCAGAACAAUACUUGGAAACUCACUACGUCACAAAGAAGAGAAGGACCAGGCCAUGGCAAGUUUAAGAGAGAAAAUCAAGGAAAUACACGAGCUUGAGAGACGUUUGCAACAAGCAGAGGAUCAAGCAGAGGUACGACGCCAAAAAUGGUACCAAACAUGCAUGGAUAAACAACAGCUUAAAGUGGACAAAGAAGAGAUGUUACGACAAAUGUCCACCAUGGAAGAAGAAUUAAAACAAGCAAAGAGAAACGAAGAUGUUCGGAAGUCUAUGAGCUAUGCUUCAAACGAAUUGCCGAUUGACAACCACAGCCAAGCAACAAUUAAUAUCUUGGAUGAAGAACUUAAAAACUAUAAAGAGAAGUGUGAGGAAUUGGCUGGUAGUCUGCUCCAGGCCAGGAAUGAUCUACAUCGCGGUGACACAGAACUUGAAAAGUGCAAAACUGAAAAUGAAGAACUGAAACAGAAGGAAAAGAGUGCUAUAAAGAUGGCCGAGUUAUUCAAGACACAGUAUAAUGUCACCUGGCAAGAACUCAACAGGGUAAAACAGCAACGUAUCAAGGCCAUUGAUGAGCGAGAUAAAGCCCAGAUGGAAAGCCAAACACACCUUGCUGAGCUGCAUCAACAACAAGAGAUAUUACAUGCACAGUUACAAAAUCUACAACUCAUACAUCUAUGUCAACAAUGCUCCAUGGCCAACACACAACAGGUUCAGAAAUUCUUGGAUGCUGAAUAUACUGAUGCUGUAUCACCAAUCUUUGAAGAAGAUGUUUCAUCCUCUAACUCAAUUGAUCUACCUCCCUGUCCAAGACCUAGAGUCUACAACAUAGCACGUGAUGUGGAGAUUACAGAUAAAGUGCGUGAUCAAGUCUCUAAUAAGGAUACCUUUCCCGAUGAAUCCUUUUCCUAUACACCAAGCCCAGACGAGUCACAGCUUGAUGACUCUACCUCCUCAUAUCCAUGGUUUCAGCGCCAUGAAUCCCACACAUUAGGUGAUUCAAGGAAAGUUCAUCCAGGUUCAAUGAAGAGUCCUCACAUGCUCAGCUUGUGGAAUGGCUCUUGUGACAGUGAUGAUGAAGAUCUUGAUUCUGAUGACCUGGAUAGUAUUGACAGUGGUGAUGAACAAACAAACACAGGCAGAGUUGGAAAGCUCACUUCAAAUCCCUAUCGGCGAUCUCAGUCAUGGGACAAUCUUCUGUACAACACAGCAACAUCAGAUACCAUGCAAGAUACAUGUGAACCACCAUCCAAACACCAACCAACAAGCGCAUAUGGAAGUGAUGAUAAAGAUCUCAAGAAAACACAAAAGCCCACUUCAAAUCCCUAUCGGCGAUCUCAGUCAUGGGACAAUCUUCUGUACAACACAGCAACAUCAGAUACCAUGCAAGAUACAUGUGAACCACCAUCCAAACACCAAUCAACAAGAUAUGUCAUCUAGGAUCUGAGAAUCCAUCAACCGUCGGCUUGGAUGCUGCAAAUUUUGUCGCCUAAACCUUUAAAUCAUACAAGCGCCGAUAAAUGUUGAGCUGUUUUUCCAGCUUUACUGCAGUAAUAGACUGAUCCUUGAAUGCUUGCACCAUGGUGUUCAACAAAUAACCGACAUGACUUGUGUCCAAGACGUGUGCACAAAAAUCUGACGUGAAACCUUUUAACAGUGGUAACAGCUUGUAAAUGAAUGCUUUGACUUAUUGUUAUCAAGCACCCAAAUGAUCUGGCUGAGCAUCCAUCAUCUCUUGAUCUUUUGAUAUGUUUAACUUUGAAUAUACCUGGUGAUAAAAGAUUUUCUAAGCGUUUUAAUUGAGCAACUAAAAAUCUGUAUGUUAUUUAUUAUAUUUUUGUAUUUUUCUCUCUUUAAAGAAACAAAUUAGUAAACCAUUGCACGCUAAAGCAAAGAUCCAACUGGACACAGUUAAAAUCAGUAAUGAUUCUGUAAAGAAAGCACAAAGUAAACUUGGUGUGAUCAACGGACCACAAUCUGUAUAUUGGUCACACCAAACAUUGUCUUGGAAGUUGGUGUCUGCUUCAAAAGAACAUCUGCAGUUCAAUCUGAGACAGGCCUAUAGACUGAUCUAGUGAUCACAUUUGUCUUGCCACAACCAUGUGUUCUUAAUUUGACAACCCCAGUGGGGUACUGAAUGUGCGCAUACUGCCUGUGCACAAACAUGAUGCACAUGGCUUCUCAUUGUGGUUGUCAGCCCACAUACUCCAAUGAUGACAUGUACAUCGUCGCUUUACUCACGAAGUAUUAACAAAACCUCAAAAUUCGACAAAAGUUCAUCCCAAGACAUUUUCAACUACUUCGCAGUAACAGAAUUCGGAAAUGUUUGCAUUGUCCGAUAGCUUAUGAUUUGCUCUUUGCUAAUUCAUAGUUGUUUGUUAAAAAUAGUUCUUAAUUAAACAGUAAUUCAUUAAUACAACAUUUUUGCACUGGAGAACUUGGUGAGAACAUCAAUACUUUGGGUCCCAUAUUUUCCCCAUUACUUUGUACACAGUUUUUGUCAUUUCGUGGGAACAUGAAACCGCAGAGGCUGUACUUAUUUGUACUUUUGUUGACGCAACAAAUUUGUUACUUUUACGCGUCAUAUGACAGUUGAGCGUGCGCGUCUGUUCUUUUUCAACAUCGUUCGUGCGCACGUGUAUGCUCCCAUCCUGACGCGUGUAGACCAAUGUAUAAUUUCUCCGGCCCUGCUCAUGAGGCGACUUUUUGUCACUUUUUGAGAACAAUUUACACUUUUUUACACUUCGUAAAAACGAAAAAAGGCGGAUUUCAUGCUUUUUGUCAAAUGUUUGUUUACAAUAAUCAAGAAAGUAAACAAUAUUUCGCUUUGAAACUUGGUCAACUAUUGUAGACAACUAUAAUAAGGCUAGUAAAACUUUAAUUCGAACAAUGAUUGAUUUUCGAGGUUUUUGUCACUUCGUGGGCAAAACGACGACAUGUUUCUCUUUGAUGAAUGCAAAGAUUCAAGCUGGCUAUGUGCUUUGUGGACAGACUCUAAUAAUAGAUUGGUAGUGUUCCAGUUGCCAAAAAACACUUAAAGUGUCUGGAAAAGCUUGUAUAUCCUCUUUGGUGAGCACUGGUUGAGUUACUGUAUAACUGAUUUAAUAAUUUUAAGUACUUUACAUAUUUUAUUUAUCAUAUGCAUAUAUAUAUUUAACUAUGCUACAAGGCAACUUGUCUUUUGAUAAUGUAUAUAUAUUUACACAUGAUGCAUAUGGCUUUAGUAUUUUAUUUUCCUUUCAUUUUAAAAAGGAGUAUGUAUGAUGAGCUAAUUCCAUGAUUUGGGGGAAUCUGAUCUGAAUCCAGAUAGAGUUGCUUUUACUUUGGGCUGCAUUGUAACAGACAAGCUUCAGUGGACACUCCAAGUCUUGCAUGUAUUAGGGCAAUGCUUUUUACCAGGUAUGCAUGAGAAAAGGAAUCAAGUGAGUCAUCAUUUACAAAAAGAAGAGACAGUUGUUUUAGAGACAUCAAGUUUUGACGUUUUUAACCUUUUAUUUUGCUUUCCUUUCAUUGAUAAAGCAUUUGUUUGAAUUUUGUGUGGGACAUAGACAUUAUCGAUUGUUAAUUUUGUAUGAAAACAAUUAUGAGAAUGGCCUGAAUCCAACAUGUAAAGUUCCCAACGGCGCAAUUGAAAUGCACUCUCAUGCCAUAUGCCUAUUUGUCCAUUUGUAUGUGCAUAAACAUUUGUUGAAAACAUGUAUUUUCAGUUAAACACAUCUUAUGGUGGUGCUUCCAAAGAAUAUAUAUUUUUGUGCAAGCAGUCCCUACCUGUAAAGAA